UAGGCGUUCUCACGACAAUGGGCAGAUGUACAGUACACCUUUGGGGUGCAGGAGAGGUGGAAGAGGGUUCACGCUGAAGAUGGUCUUGGGCGCAGGGAGCGACGGCGGAUGACAUGCUGCCACCAUGCGAGGUGUGAUACUCGAGCUGGGAGAGAGGAGCUGGAAGGACUGGUUGUGUCCCUUCCCCUGCCCAUCUCGCCCACCCUAAUAUCUCGCUGGGCGGGGUGCUACUCCGUUCACUUGCCCAUCAAAAGCACUGACCGUACGACCUUCUGCUGCAACAUGCUUACCUCGCUCAUGAGGAAUAUCGAGGCCUGCCUUUUGGAUCUCGACUGCAGGUAGAUAAGCGUCCUAUAGGAGACAAUGGCGGCGCCAACCGUCGAGAGACCGUCCACCGGGGGACAGGAUAUCCAUCUUCUACCAGGAUCGUUUCCUAGUUUGCCCUCAAUCCCGUCUACAACCCCCAGUUAUACGGGCUCGACUUCAGACGAAGCAGAUCCGAUCGAGCAGCCGCCUCUUGUAGUGGUGGAGGGUUUCUGCUGCACAGCCAACUCGCUCGUAUGGGGCGAUUUCCGCAACUGGCUCGACAAAGGCGAGCACUAUUGGCGAUCAGGCCGCGCCAAAACUGAAGCUCAACCUUGCGCCGAGUCAUCUGCCUGCGAAUCAAUUUCAGCCUCGCCAUCAUACAUAUCGUCCAUUUCUUCGAAUUCGUCAAGCGAGCGCGCUCGUCUCCGCCCGUACCGUCCGCGCCGCGUCAUCUUUGCGCCGAUCGGCCCGGUAUCUUCCAUCCAUGACCGAGCUUGCGAGCUGUUCUUUGCCCUGAAAGGCGGAGUUAUAGAUUAUGGCGCCGAGCAUGCGCGCGAGCAUGGACAUGCGCGCUUUGGACGGCGCUACGAGCGCGGCCUGCUGGAGGACUGGAGUCCGCAGAAGCCUGCACACUUUCUGGGUCAUUCGCUGGGUGGUCCGACAAUCCUCAAACUGCAAGAGUUGCUCAGAGAAGGGUUCUUUGACCAAGCGUCGGGAUUGGCGUCGCCAUCAUCUCCAUCAAGCUCUCGGUUUGCCGAUAACUUGUCGGAGACGGAAGCAAUUAGCUCACCGUCAGCAGAUGCCAUGGUCCUGAGCGUGACGUCCGUCUCUUCGCCCUUUCGCGGAACGCAAGUCGUUUACAUCCUCGGCGAGAAGCCUCUUCCCUAUCCGAGCGUUCGCUUCCUGUCUGCAGGAGACCUGCUCACGAAGGCCGUCCACUGCGCCGCGUACCUAAACAUUGGUCCUGAUCUGCUCAGCGACGCGUGGGGUUUCUCGAGGCGAGGCUUCAUUGAGAGCAGCGCUGCAGUUGGAGGCGCUGACAAUGCCGAGGCGAGAGACGACGCUGGAAUUUGGCAGGGGCGAGAAAGGCCGCACUGGCAAGGCUUCCGUGGGUUUCUGAGGCAGCUCAAGAGGAGCGAUUGGGCAGACGGCAAGGACUGUGCGCCGUGGGACUGUACCAUCGCCGCCAGAGAAGAAGCGGAGAAACGCCCUAUGUGGGGCGCUAUUCGAGGAAGCCAUAGCGCACGGACCUGGUAUCGAAGCUACGCUGCAUACAUGACGAUGCCUGCUCCCGCCUCGUCUUCAGCUCCCUCUCCAUCUGCAUCUCUUGGCAUUGAAAAGGGCGAGCUUGCUCGAGGUACGGCAGGAAUCGCUGCGGCGUUACCGCAUCACAUUCCCAAGCCAUCAGCUUCGUUCCUUUCACCAUUCACAUUGACUUCGCGUCUGAUGGGCCGGUACGACUUUGAUCAGCUCGAGCCGCGGCCAGCCUUUUGGAACCUAGCAGCAGCACCUGCCACUGCCUUUUCAUCACCACCGCCCACCUUGCUCUUCCUUGACAAAGCAAAGGACGAGCAAGCCAAAACCGAUCAGCGCAUUGUGAACGGCGAGGAGAGAGCCGCGAAAGGAGAGGAGGCGCAAGCCCCUCUGCCGGUGAAUCCGUGGCAUACCCUACUUCAAUCGAGCAGUCAGCAGAUGUUGACGCCAGAGGACGAUCUGGUUCCCGUCGGCUACAGCAACUCCCCAAACAGUGCGCAUCCCCCAGCGCUGGCGCAGGAGCCGCUCCUUGGCGGCGCGACACCUUCGCUAGCCAACCUCGGCAGCUCUGCUUGCAUGACGCCGAUGCUCAGUGCACGCAGCACAUCCAAUCCGUUCUACGACUCCACAAAUGCGCACAGCAGCGUCCCUGGAGGAGGCGCAACUUCGAUGCAGUCCCAGGAGCCGCUCGAACAGUGGUUCGCGAACGACGGCGUCGUGCCGCUCGCGUCGCAAUACCACCCCGGGCCGUGCGAGGUAGGCAAGUGCAUACAUGCGGCGGGCCUGCCAGGCGCGACGCCGCGGGAGCUCGCAGUGAAAGAUCAAAAGGACAUGUGCGCAGCCGCAGCCGCAGAGGGUCAUCAUUUCGGGAACGUGAAGCCAAGGUCUAGAGACCCGUCCCUGUUUGAAAGCGGCAUGAGGUCGAACGCAGACGCCGCCGACACGAAUGCACCGCUUGAGCACGCUCGGCAGUCUAAGCCCCUUGUCCCACCGAUGAUGCAGCGCCAGGGCAGCGGCGCGCCUCGACCGCGUAUCUGGGAGCGAUCCGAGCUCGACGGCGGCUCAGAAAAGCAGCUUAAGAGCGCGUCUGGGCGUGAUGCCGGCGGACCAGACAGCAACGUGAGCGGUAGCGGUAGCGACAGUGGCAGCAUCAGCCCCAGCCACAUUGGAGCGGCCGUUCUGGGCUCUGUCGCCUCCUUCACGAGAAGAGCGGUGCGCAAAGUAGGCAAGGCCCUCGUUGAUCCCGCGCGCGACCCAUAUUUCCGGCCUUGCAACGAGAUGCCUUCGUACACGGAUCUCGAAGCGCAAAGGCAAUCCGCCACGCAGCCAUCUUCUCCCUCACCGCCAGCCUCGAUAAGAUCUUCCUCGAUAGGAUCUUCCUCGAUACGAUCUUCGUCGAUAGGAUCUUCGUCGAUAAGAUCUUCUUCGAUAGGAUCUUCCUCGAUAGGAUCGUCCCCGACAACCGCAGCAUCAACGCUAUACGCUGCCCCGCCCACCGCCUCGGGGAGAGCACCGCUGCCCGAACCCAACAUCUGGCACACGUUUGUCGUUCGCGACACAUCGCACGCGGCACUCUGUCCGCUGUGGAUCGGCACGCAGCAGCAGCGCAUUUUCUGGUCCGGCAUUGGCAGCUGGCUGGCGUCUGUUGACGUGGCGUGGAAGGCAGAGGCAGGUGGCGAUGGUGCUCGUGAGAUUUCUUCGUUCGUCAUUUAAAGAUAAGGGAUGUAAUAAAGUAAAUUUUCAUUAUCUGCAAAGUAAAUCGACGGAAUAGGAUAU